GACAGGGUUGUCUGUAGGUAUGAGGUGUUAAUGAACAGACGAAAACAUCAUCAUGAUUCGUCACCUGCCACGGAAGAUCUGAAAGGAACAGUCAAUGAAAACACGUUAACUCUGUCAAUCGAUUCUCCCGUACUGCCAUUAUUAACGAAAGGAGCCCAUUGGGUGAAUUAAAUAGCAGUUUCUUCGUGGACCUGACUGGCGAGUCGAACUGUCUGAGGCGAACUACACGAGUGCGGAGCGGCCACUAACGCGUGUUGUUCCGGAGGAACGAGUCGUAGUCAUUGUCAACUCCUCUUCUGGCCAGGCGAUAACAGAGUUCCGGCGACAUGGCUUUCGGCUGUCUGUGAGAGCAGCAACUACGCUGGGCAGUUGGCCCGUGUAACUCGGUCGGAAUAUGGGCCAUUUUGUAGUGGGAAUAGUAAUAAUGGAAAUAGAUCGUGUCAAGUAAAAUCGAUGCUUAAACAAACGGAAUGUGGAAAUGUCUUUUGGAAUGGGAAACGUCAAAUGUUUGGCAGAAAUACACGUCGUACACGAGAUGUGUUUGUCAUCUAGAAUACAGAUGUCUGGUAGAAAUGAAUGAAUCAAUGGACUUAAACUCGUCAGAAUGGAUGGGAACGAAAAUAGACACAAGGCUAUAGUAGUUGGUUGCCUUUUAGCAUUUUCAUAUCUUAUUUUUUCUUUAUCACUCUACAGUCAAAUGAACUGGGUUUUUUGAGUGGAUGACUGUCAAAUAUUUUGACUAACACUUUGAAAACUCUGGAAAAGUUAGUCUGACUGAUGAAUAGGCUAUACCAUCCGCCUGUGACCCCACGCCCGGCGAAUCUUGAUCGCGGAACCUGGGGUCGAAAAUAUACGGACGUUUCCGUGCGUGGUUCGGUAAUGUCCGUGAAGAUCUUAGUUCUUGGAAUAUUUUUCAUUGGAAUUUUUAUGUUAACAAUUGCCUUAAUAAUGGGCUUGGAAUUCCCGAAGUACGUCAGAAGGAAGAUUAUCGAGGACCAGUGCAUUAUUAAUGCAAAUCAUCCGAAAUAUGACACUUGGAGGCUGGGUGACUUGUGGACAAGGAAAAAUCGAAUCUAUUACCUGGUCAUUGAAAACGAAUCUGGUUUCUUAUUUAACGGCGAGGUACCAAAGAUAAAAGAAAGAGGCCCGUACGUGUACACUGAAGUGGAAGUGAAGGACCAUGUGGUGUUCAACGUACACGAGGUGUACUAUACAGUACGACGAAUUCACAGCUUCGACGUCGAGCUCACAGCGGCCGAGUGUGGAAACAACUGUACAGAAAAUGAACAGCUUACUUUGGUAAACCCCGAAUUUCUGAAACAAACAACCUAUGCUGGUGGAGAACAGCUAUUUGUAAUAAGCCAAAUGCCAGCUGUUGUAAGUAAGAGUUUGACAUUCAUGGGCAUUAAUGUUCACGGCCCCGACACUCGAACAAUUGAAGUGGUCGGCUGUCUCAAUUCUAUCUGUGAUAACCACUGGUCCUCUUCUAGUUCUCUCUCCAUGAACUCUGAUCUCAACUGGCUGUCCUUUGGGCUGUGGCUUCGUCUCAACGACACAGCUUACAAAACUGUGAUAUUAACAGACAGACAAGGUGCGUCUUUCUCACAAACUCAAAUGCUAGGAUUAUUCGAUGUGCUCUUGCAACGGCAACUACUUCACGGAGGACUAUUGUUCUCCGAGCAAGAGAGGUGUCAGAAAUGGAGUCAGUAUGUCGCUUGUGCUUCCACAGAUUCGUUCUCGUGGCAGUCUGCCUCUUUUACCGACUAUGAGACAAAGUGUGGGAUUGUUCCUCUCUUGCAGGAGUACCGAAAACGAGGCACAUCGUGUUUGGCAAAUCUCACCACCGUCUUAAACACGUUUCUAUGCAAGGAAGACACCAGGUGUUUUAACAUCACUGGUGAUUCGGAACUGUCAUCAGCAUACGUUCGGAGUAUUGCAGACUUUGUCCUGAACCAUCUGGGAGUGUUUGUGCACAAUAAGAUAUUUCUGAAGGACAGAGGUGGUCUAGUAACUACAAGAAAUCAAAGUGACUUUGCCUUAGGCUAUUAUAUUGAAAACGACAGUUUGACGCCUGUGUUUGUGCACGGGGUGUUGAGCGAUCACUGGACUGGUGCUAGUGGACUAGACAAUCCAGUAUGGAAGAUGGCUACCUGCCUAGAAAAUAGAAAUAUUGACAACAACAUGGCUGUCAGAGGAUUCAACGGUAGCCAGUUUGCACCACAGACUCUACUUCGAAAUCCUCAUUCCUACGCGUAUGUAUCCGGGCAUUCCAAUUACGCCAGCACGUGCGGCAAACUAAAGGCAUGUGCCGCGUGUCGCGUGCCUGACAUUCACCUACCAAUGUUCGUGCCCGAAUUGUGGCGAAGCGUUACUUUCAGUUCAGCCGGGGAAUCGGUUCUCUUCGGCACGACGCAGUACAGAUACUUUUUGUCAAAUGACACGUUUUUCUCUGACGGUGCUUAUUUGGUGGACAAUGGGCUGCAGAAUAUCACGGGCCUCUACGGUUACUUGUCUUGGAGAAGCAACCCGCUCUUUUAUGGUGCAUCGUCUCUUUACUUUGAUGGUCACUUCAACAACAGCGUCAGAACGCGUCACCUGUCCUUUGUCGACGUUGAAGCACAUACAGGUAGAAUGUGGCAGAAGAGGUUUCGAUUCCAGUUCAAUGUGGGAGUGACUGCCGCUAACACUGACGCCCCGAAGUCUCGCCCUUUGAACGUGACGUACUUGGGUCAACCUAUCCCCGUGUACUGGCUGGAGCGAAGCAUUGUCAUUACAAAUGACGAGGUGGACUAUUUUAACUACAAGGUUACUCGACUAAUGCGUGUCGCCUGUGGAGGUCUAGUCGGGAUGACAGUAGUGGCUUUCAUCGUUAUGAUUAUUAGCGUUGUCGUCUGCAUUUAUUCCACCAAGACUAACAGAGUGGAUCCAGUUCCAGAAGAACCGUCUCAGACUCAGAACCACAGAUAACUUCAGUACCAGUCAGAAAAUUAUUUACAUUCACCAGCACACACUCUCGUUCUGAACAAAGAACCGUCUCAGACUCAGAACCACAGAUAACUUCAGUACCAGUCAGAAAAGUCUUUACAUUCACCAGCACACACGCUCGUUCUGAACAAAGAACCGUCUCAGACUCAGAACCACAGAUAACUUCAGUACCAGUCAGAAAAGUCUUUACAUUCACCAGCACACACGCUCGUUCUGAACAAAGAACCGUCUCAGACUCAGAACCACAGAUAACUUCAGUACUAGUCAGAAAACAGUUCUCGCUUGACGCACAGACACCAACGUCUACUAAUCAAAUGCCGAAGCUGUAUCUAGAAUAGAAGACGUAAUAUCCGAUAGAGAAUUUGCAUACUAACUGGAAUAGAAUGCGUAUCCAUAAUAGAAUACAUUCAUAAGAAUACAUUCAUAAUGACCGGCACAUCGCACGUUAGCUGAAAUAGAAAGGGUAUAUAAUAACCGGAAUUUUAUGGUUAUAAUAAUCAUCAUUUGAUUGGUCUUGAUAGUACGUAAGGGAUAUAAUGAUGCAACUGAUAUACCUGGGAGACUUAAUAGCCACUGGUUAAUCAUGUUUAAGUAAUGUUUCGUCGUCUAUCAAUAAUGUAACCUAUUUCGGUGGCAAGUAGGCAGUAAAACAAAGUAAUUAAGGCAAAUUAAUAUAUACGAUCUUUUCCGACAAGACGAACAGGGCACCUUUAAACAAAAAUGGCACUUUUCCCUACAUGCCGCUAAGUACGGCCCUACUGGGCAAUAAUUUACACCUCUAAUGAUGAAAACAACAAACUCUUGCUAAAUACAUGAACAAACGCACGUUUUUGCGCUUAAAGUAUACGUGUCUGAACAUAUACAGCACACAUAAAUACAUACGCAUAUCUGUACGCGCAUGUGUAUGUCCGUCCGUCCGUUCGUCCUAGUGUCCAUACAUGCAUACAC